AUGACAAGAUUCUGGAGGUCCUGUCUGUUCCUGCUCACCCUUGUGGUGGCCCUAGUGGCCAGCAUAGACUCAGACAAGAAUAAGGUCCAGGUGAUAAGGAAACUAAAAGUUAUUGAUGCCUCUAAUUACAACGUGAAGCAGUGUUUGUGGUUUGCCAUGCAAGAGUACAACAAAGAGAGUGAGGAUAAGUACAUCUUCCAAGUGGUCAACAUAAUGCAAGUCCAGCUGCAGGUCACAGACCGUUUGGAGUACUUUAUUGAUGUUGAAAUUGCCCGCAGCAACUGCAAAAAGCUUUCAAACAGUAAUGAAAACUGUGUCACUCAGGAAAACUCCAAACUGGCAAAGAAACGAACAUGCAGCUUUAUAAUUGGCGCGCUCCCCUGGAAUGCCGAGUUCGCCGUGAUGAAGAUGCAGUGUGAGGACCUUUAG